GCCGGAGCCGCCGCGGAGCCGCCAGCGCCUCCCCGCCGCCGCCUCUCCGCGCCCGACCCGCCGGCGAGAUGCUGUCGUGCCGCCUCCAGUGCGCCCUGGCCCUGCUCUCCCUCGCCCUGGCCCUCGGCACCGUCUCGGCCGCCCCCUCGGACCCCCGGCUCCGGCAGUUCCUGCAGAAGUCCCUGGCUGCCGCGGCCGGGAAGCAGGAACUGGCCAAGUACUUUUUGGCAGAACUGCUCUCAGAACCAAGCCAGACAGAAAAUGAAGCCCUGGAGUCUGAGGACUUGUCCCGAGGGGCUGAGCAGGAUGAAGUGAGACUGGAGCUGGAACGUUCGGCGAACUCAAACCCUGCUUUGGCACCCCGGGAACGCAAAGCGGGCUGCAAAAACUUCUUCUGGAAAACGUUCACAUCCUGUUAGCUUUUGAAACCCACCUUUCCUCCUCAUCCAUCCCUGCCUUCUUCCUAGUCCCCAACCCUGAGCAGAACCUUCACCAUAAAAGGCGAAGACUGUAAAUACACGAUCCACAACAAUGGUGAAAUUAAACAAGGAAAAUUUGAGUUUGAUUUCAAGUUGUUUUAAUAAAACUUUCUGUUCCAAUUGUACACGAUGUGCUUGAGUUGUGAUUUCUGACUAGUUCUUUAAUGACAUGCACCCUGCAACUCUCUCAGAUGUACUAUUUUUAAUUCUUUGUUGCAAUAAAGUUUAUGUUUCAAAUGGU